AUGGACGACGAAGAUUUGUAUGAUGAGUUUGGUAACUACAAAGGACCAGAAAUAGAAGAAAAUUAUGAUGAAGAUGAGCAAUAUUUUGACAGGGAAAACGAAGAAUUUGAAGAAGAUUAAAAUGGAGCUAAUGUAAACGAAGAGCAUGAAGAAAUUAUGGAGAGAGCUGUCGUACUUCAUGAAGAUAAGUAAUAUUACCCUGAGAUGAGUGAAGUCUAUCCUGAAGCAGAAAAUUUGGUUAUGGAAGAAGAUGCUUAGAGAAUUGAAGAACCUAUUGUUGCUCCUGUAAAGGAAAAAGAUUUUGACUUAGUCGAUAGAGGAAAUCAAGAGACUAAUUCUACCAUUUAAUUCAUGUAGUAAAUUAUGAAAAAAACCGAGUUAGUGCGUAAUGUAGGUAUUGUAGGACAUCUUCAUCACGGAAAGACAGGUUUGAUGGAUAUGUUUGUUAAACAAACACACGUUCAUCGUGAAUGGGAUUUAGAAAAAGAAUAUCGUUUUACAGAUGCCCGUAAAGAUGAAUAAGAGCGUUUAUUGAGUAUUAAAAGCUCUCCUAUGUCAUUAAUUCUACCUGAUUUUCGUGACAAGAGUUAUCUUUUGAACAUUUUCGAUACUCCUGGACAUCCUAAUUUUUCUGAUGAAGUCUGCUGUGCUUUAAGAAUGUGUGAUGGUGUUGUUUUAGUUGUUGAUGCUUUAGAUGGUGUUAUGCUUAACACAGAAAGAAUUAUAAGAUAUUGUGUAAAAGAAAAAAUUGCAAUUACUAUCUUGAUCAAUAAGAUUGAUAGACUCAUUAUCGAAACUAAGUUACCUCCUGUUGAUGCUUAUCUUAAAAUCAGACACACAAUAGAUGAAAUUAAUGAUAUUAUUGCUUCUUUAGGAAGAGAUGAUUUUGAUUCUUUGAAGGUCUCUCCUUUGCUUGGUAAUGUUUGUUUUGGGUCAACUGCCUAUGGAUUCGUUUUUAGCAUUUAAUCUUUUGCUGAAAUGUACAGCAAAUCAUAUGGAAUUUAAAAAGAUUUCUUUACUAAGCUUCUAUGGGGUAACUAUUACUUCAACUCAGAUACUAGAAAAUUUAUGAACAAGCCUACAAAGGACUUCAAUAAGCGUUGCUUUGUUGAAUUUAUCUUAGAGCCUAUUUAUAAAAUAUUUUCUCAUGUGGUCUCAAAAGAAAAAGACCAGUUAAAGCCUGUUUUAGGUAAGUUAGGAGUCUACUUAAAGAACUCAGAUUACAAGCUUGAUAUCAAGCCUCUCCUUAAAUUAGUGUUUUCCACUUUCUUUGGCAACACAGGAGCAUUAGUUAGCAUGGUCGCUUAGCACAUUCCUAGUGCAAAAUAAGGUACUAGACUUAAAGUAGAAUAGAAUUAUGUAGGUAACAGAAAGAAUCCUGCAUUUGAAAAGAUUAAAGAAUGUGAUCCUGAAGGUCCACUAGUUAUUAACGUUGUAAAAUAAUAUAAUAAAUAAGAUUGCAUGAGUUUCGAUGUUUUCGGCCGUGUUAUUUCUGGUACAAUUCGUAAAAACUAAACUGUUAAGGUUCUUGGUGAAAGAUACAAUCUUGAGGACGAAGAAGACAUGACAGUAAAAGAUGUUAGAAAGCUAUUUAUUUUUUAGGCAAGAUACAAAAUUGAAGUAAAUGAGAUUACUGCUGGUAAUUGGGUAUUGAUUGAGGGUAUUGAUUAGUCUAUUUAAAAGUCAGCUACUAUUAUUAGUUAAGAUGAUUCAAAUAAGAUAGAAAUAUUCAGACCUGUAAAGCAUGACACAACUCCAGUUAUAAAGGUCGCUAUUGAACCUCUUAUUCCUAGUGAAUUACCUAAAAUGUUAGAAGGUCUCCGUAAAGUAAGCAAAUCAUAUCCACUUUUAGUUACUAAGGUAGAAGAGUCAGGUGAACAUAUUUUAAUUGGUACUGGUGAGUUAUAUAUUGAUUGUGUUCUUCAUGAUCUUCGUCGUAUGUAUUCUGAUAUAGAAAUUAAGGUCAGUGAUCCUAGUGUCAGCUUUUGUGAAACAAUUAUCGAUACUUCUUCUAUAAAAUGCUAUGCAGAUACUCCAAAUAAGAAAAAUAGACUAACUAUGCUUGCAUCUCAGCUUGAUAAAGGUCUUGCCAAAGAUAUAGAAAAAGAAGUCAUAAGUCUGGAUUUUGAAAAACCUAUUGUUAGUAAAUUCUUCUAAGAAAAAUACGACUGGGAUAUUCUAGCAGCUAGAAAUGUUUGGAGUUUUGGACCUGAAAAAAGUGGUGCUAACGUUUUAAUCGAUGACACUCUUCCUAACGAAGUAGACAAGAACAUACUCAGAGAAUGCAAAGAGCACAUCAAUCAAGGUUUUUGCUGGGCAACUAGAGAAGGACCUUUGUGUGAUGAACCCGUCAGAAAUGUAAAAUUCAAACUUAUUGAAGCUAACAUUUCAAGCGAACCUUUGUACAGAGCUGGUGGUUAAAUGAUUCCAACUGCUCGUAGAACAUGUUACAGUGCCUUUUUGAUGGCUUAACCACGUUUAAUGGAACCUCUCUUGUAUGUUGAAAUCUAAUGUACAGCAGAUGCCAUAAAUGGUUGUGUUACUGUUCUUGCAAAGAGAAGAGGUCAUGUUGAAAAACAAAUAGCUAAAGCAGGUUCUCCUUUAUAUACAGUUACUGCUUUCCUCCCUGCUAUCGAUUCUUUUGGUUUUGAGACAGAUUUACGUAUCCACACUUGUGGUCAAGCCUUUUGUGUCAGUGUAUUUGACUCUUGGGACUUACUUCCUGGUGACCCUCUUGAUAAAUCCAUCAAGCUCAAUUUGUUAGAGCCUUCUCCUCCUUAAGAUCUUGCCAGAGAGUUUAUGAUUAAGACAAGGAGAAGAAAAGGUUUAAACGAAAAUGUUUCUAUUGUAAAAUAUUUUGAUGACUCUGCUUUAUUGGAAGCUUUAAAAUAAGAUAAAGACUAUAAAGAUUAUAUAUGA